AUGGAAGUAGAGAUCAUUUCCCAAGAAAUAAUCAAACCGUCACUCCCAACACCUGAUCACUUAAAAAUCUUCAAAAGAUCCUUCAUCGAUCAAAUCACUGGUGGAUAUCUUGUGAGGUUUAUUUCCUUCUAUCGGAGAAAAGAGUCAAAGUUGAAGAUCAAUGAAGUCACAAAUCAACUGAAAACUUCUCUUUCCCAAACUUUAACUCGUUAUUAUCCCCUCGCAGGCAUCUACAAGGAUGAUUCAACAAUUGAAUGCAAUGAUAAAGGAGCUCUAUUUGUCACAGCCCAUGUUCACUGCAACAUGAAUGAGCUAAUAAAUCAACCAAAGUUUCAGCAAUUCCACAAACUUGGGACCUCUUCAAGAUUUCAUGGAGAUGGAUCUUUUCAAGUCUCUGUCCAAUUCAAUACAUUUUCAUCUGGUGGGGUGGCAAUUUUCAUGUGUUUCUAUCACAUGAUCAUGGAUAUCACAACAAUUAGUGUUUUCCUGAAAUGUUGGGCUGCAAUGGCAAGUGGCUCUCAGGAUCAUAAAUCUGCAUUUUAUUAUCCUGAGUACAAAUCAGCCGUUCUUUUCCCUGUGAAAGACUCUGUUCCAUUUGGUUUUUCAGUGAUUAUCAAGAGUUUGUCCCUGAAUGAAGGAAGAAGUACACGAAAAAGAUUCGUGUUUAGUUCAGCAGCUAUAUCUGAUCUGAAAGUGAAAGGUUUCAGCGAUCCUGUUCCAGAUCCUACAAGUGUUGAAGUUGUGUCUUCUUUCAUCUGGAAGCAUGCCAUGGCUGCUGCAAAAGCCGUUCAGGGGGUUCAAGAGCCAUCUGUGCUAGUUCAUGCUGCAGAUAUGCGACGAAGAAUGGUGCCACCUCUGCCAGAAUAUUCGGCUGGGAAUAUCAUCUCCAUGAUUAUUGCAGAGUAUGAUGGAAUAGAUGAAUGUGAGGUAAAAUUUGGUAGAUUGGUGGAACUUCUGAGAGUGGCUAAGGAAGAAAACAAGAAUGAAUUUGUGCCGAAAAUCCAGAGUUCUAAAGGGUAUGAUGUUAUGAUGAAGUCCUUGGAAGAGUGGGGCAAAAAAUGCAGUAGAAAAGGUCUGAAUACUUACCAGUUCACCUGUUGGUGCAAAAUGGGAUUAAACCAAGUGGAUUUUGGAUGGGGAAAACCGGUUUGGACUAGUCUGGUUGGGGGUACAGAGGUGGAAUCCAUGUAUAAAAAUUUUGUGGUUCUUCUUGAUGGAUCAGAUGGUGGCAUUGAAGCAUGGUUAAUUUUGGAGCAACAGGAGACGGCUAUUCUGGAAAGUGAUCAGGACUUCCUUGCUUAUGCUUCUCUGAAUCCUGGGAUUAUAAGCUGA